GUGGCUGCACUGAUAGGCGUCGACUUACUUCUUUCAGUCAGUUUCUGAAUUUCUGGCUCAUUGUCGGUUGUUUUACGUGUUAGUGGUGCUAAAUAAUAAUUAUCAGCCAUGGCGCUCAGCGACGCAGAUGUUCAAAAACAGAUCAAGCACAUGAUGGCCUUCAUCGAACAAGAGGCCAAUGAAAAGGCUGAAGAAAUCGAUGCAAAGGCUGAGGAGGAGUUCAACAUCGAGAAGGGCCGUCUGGUGCAACAGCAGCGGCUCAAGAUCAUGGAGUACUAUGAGAAGAAAGAGAAGCAGGUUGAGCUCCAGAAAAAGAUUCAAUCAUCGAACAUGCUGAACCAAGCUCGUCUGAAGGUGCUGAAAGUACGUGAAGACCACGUACGCAAUGUGUUAGACGAAGCCCGCAAGCUCCUGGCUGAAGUGCCCAAAAACAGCAACCUCUACUCCGACCUCCUGGUCACCCUCAUUGUUCAAGCCCUCUUCCAGUUGGUCGAGCCUACAGUAACGCUGCGCGUGCGACAAGCCGACCAGGCCUUGGUCGAGCGUCUCUUGGACCGAGCAGCGUCCGAGUACCAGAACAAAAUCAAGAAGGACGUACAAAUAAAGAUCGAUAACGAGAACUACCUGGCGGCGGACACCUGCGGGGGCGUUGAGCUCAUUGCCGCCAAAGGGCGCAUCAAGAUCUCCAACACCCUGGAGUCACGCCUAGAGCUGAUUGCUCAGCAGCUGCUCCCCGAAAUCCGUACAGCGCUCUUCGGUCGCAACCCUAACCGUAAAUUCACCGACUAAUCGAGCGGCGUUCUGCGCACACGCUUGUUACUACUAACAAUUUACUUAUUUAAAGUUUCAUUAUUUGUAGAACUAAAAUAUUGUAUGUAAGAUGUUUUUUUCUUUGCCUAAUUAAUUAUAUUUACUAUUGUAAUGCGUAUAAUUUUAUCGCUAUAUAUUUUAGAAUAUUUAUUGAUUAACGGUCCCGUUAUUCGCCAGAAAGUAUGUAUCAAACGCGUAAUCAUGUUAGUUGCUGGUUUCUGGGUAUCGUCACUCUAUCUCUAACUGUCUUAGUUUCGCCAGUUGUAUAAGGUCGAUGUUGUACUUUUAAAAAUAAAAUAUUACUACAAUUCAUUCAAGUAGCACAAUUUUCUGUAUAUUUUAGAGAGUAGUUUAUAGGGUUUGAAAACAGUUAAAUUUGUGAAUGUUAUGAAUUACUAAGUAAUCAAAAUAGCCGUUAAUCAUAAUCAAUGCUAUAUAUACUGUUAAAAUUUCGCGUUGCAUUGUACUCACGUUAGAAAACGGGAAUAAACGCGAAAACAACCUGUUCUGGUCACGGGCUGACUGGUGAUGCGGUGUUACGUCUCUAUCUCAGUGGUGGAAUCUUCACCCACCCUUGCUAUGUAGUUUUCAAAAUACUGCCACACAGAACACUAAGUCCCCAUUCUGUACCGCAGCCGUAUUCUGACCGCGGUGUCGAGUGCAACCAGGCCGAAACGUUAGAAUAAUGGGUAGGUAUGAAAAUAUCUAUUGUUUAAAUCGCGUUUAUUUUCGUUCUCAAAUGUUAGUACAGUGCUGUUAGAAGCUCGCUGCUCUAUUUUUAGGCUUCAGUAUUAUACAAGACAGAGUUUCGUGGCACUUUGAACAUGUGUUGGACGAGGAAGUUGUAGUCUGUUGAUGAUUAAUGUUUGAAACUAUGUAGCUGUGCAUGGAUGGGUC